CACUCCACUCUUCACUCUGACGUUAAAAACAGACUGGGAUGUGACUGCAUGCUGCAGCGUCAAACAACUGUCAGAACUCAGGAGAGCUUCCAGUGUCAGCCGGUGUGAAGAUGCAACUCUUCUGGACCCUCGUGAUUGACUAUUGCCAGAAGACUUUAUAAGAGACCAUCUGCAGAAAAGUUCGGCAAAUUUCUGAUAACCUUCUUCGUGGACGAGGGAAGUUUUUGAAUAUCAAAGACAUCAAAAAUGUCAGCUGCUGAGGCCUUCGUCACCUUGGCCACCACGGACACCUACUGCAUGGGAGCCACAGUGGUGGCCAACAGUUUACGGCGGCAUGGGACGACUCGCAGCAUCGUCGUCAUGAUUACAACAAACGUCUCACAGGAGUGGAGGCUCGCCCUCGAGAACGUGUUUGAUGAGGUCAUCCUGGUGGACGUGAUGGACAGUGAGGACCGCCUCCACCUUUCCCUGCUGGGACGUCCCGAGCUCGGUAUCACCUUCACCAAGAUCCACUGCUGGACCCUGACACAGUACAGUAAAUGUGUAUUCCUGGAUGCUGACACGCUGGUGCUGUGUAACGUGGACGAGCUGUUCGAGAGGGACGAGCUGUCAGCCGCUCCUGAUCCCGGCUGGCCCGACUGCUUCAACUCAGGCGUGUUUGUCUUCAGACCGUCCCUGCAAACCCAUGCCAUGCUCCUGGAUCACGCACAGCAGCACAGCAGCUUUGAUGGAGGAGACCAGGGCCUGUUGAACUCUUUCUUCAGUGGCUGGCCGGUGGAGGACAUCAGAAAACACCUGCCGUUUAUCUACAACCUCAGUGCCAACUCACUGUACAGCUACCUCCCUGCUUUCCAACAUUUUGGCCACAAUGCAAAGAUCAUCCACUUCGUGGGAGCAGCUAAACCCUGGAGCUCGGACAGCCAGAGGGAGGACGGCCAUUCACACACUAUGGAGCAUUUUGUCUCCCUGUGGUGGAAGGAAUACCUCAGUCAAACAGCAUCUCUCCCAGUGACACAUCUCAGUCAAACACAAAUCCAAGAACGAGAAGCCAAGAUGCUGUUAAGAGAAAACUUGGACAGUUCCAGUUCACUGCUCGCACAUAUUUCACUUCAUCCACCUGCUGAACCACAGACGUCUUCCCACGCAGGUAGCACACCAUCGGAGGAUGAGUCAAAAACACUGGAGCAGACGGGGUUCCAGGAUUCACCUUUGGGUGCAGAGGGCGGCCAUGCCACUGACACUGAUACACAGCCUACGGCUGCAGAAAAGGAGGCGGUGCGGAUGGAGCACCGCAGGCAGUGGGAAGCAGGACAGGCCGAGUACCUGGGCAGAGACUCCUUCCAGAACAUCCAGAGGAUGCUGGACCGCUUCCUGGAUUAGAAAACCUCUGUAACUUAAACAGACCUUUGACCUUUAGUAACUACUGAUACUGAUACUGAUACAUCUACUGAUGAUUUGAGAGUUAAAAAAAGUAUUCUGAAUACAUUUUUUAAACAUAGCACAUAACUUAAACACACUUUUGAUAAGGAUCCCUUAAAGCUGAUAUUAAAGUCACCCUCCACUCCAAAAUUGUACACUAGAAGAGUGUUUUCACAUUCAUGUGCUGAAGGGAGAGAGUUUCUCUGAGCUAAACCUGCAGUGUGGAACUUUUACAUAUAAAUGAGCAUCUGUUACAUUCAAGCCCUUGCCAAAUGAGUUCAUACAAUGCUGAUUAAGCCUUUCGCCUCCAGGUAAAUCCCUUUGUAUUUCCCAGUAUACAGAGUUUUUAAUCUGGUGUCAGGUUUGACAUGCCAUGAUGCUGGCUGGAUGAAUGCAUACUGCACAUGCUAUAUGGGCAGAGCACACUAGAGACUUCUGCCGCCUGAGCAGCUAACUUCCAGAUAGCUCUCUGCUAGCUUGAAUGGGGAUAAAAUAAUUUAAGUGCGGCUCUUCUAGACUUUCCAAAUGUUAUUGGACCGAAUGGAUCCAAUUCUGAUAGUGAAAUUAGUCAUUUCGUUGGGGUUGUAUGAUGCUCAAAACAAUUUAUCCAUCGUUUUACAGCCGCAACAGUAGAGAAGGAGUAGGCUACGGCAGAGCCUAUGAUGUAAGCACCGCUCGACAGUGUUUUUGUAAUUCCUCUCACUGCCAAAAGGGGGAGACAAAAGU